UGCUUAAAUCACAUGAACCCGUGAGGAGCAGGACAGUCGUCCAUACACCAUCAUCUUCUACUGACAGCCAAGCAACUACAUCUACUACCACUCAACUGCGGUCUUCAGACCAAACAACAUGACAUUACAAUAAAUCUUCCUCCUCCAGGGCGGUGGAUAUGGAACGAUGAUAUUAAUGGCCUCGAAUUCUCCUGUGUUUUGUAUCACGUUUUAUCUUAAUAGUUUAAACCCAACUGAUGAUGCCAAAGAAAAAAAGAAGAUGUCGCCUCUGCAUGAACAAGUCAAAAAGCGCCUGGAGAGGUCUGCGCAUUUCGCGUCGUCGACCAGUAGAGGGCGUCGGAAGACUUUAGCACCAGGUCUGCUCGCCUGCAUGUUUUUGUCCUCUAUCAAGCGGGCCCAGAAGGAGCAGGUCACCAUAGAGCACGUUAAGCAGGUGGCCUUGAGUUUACUUCAAGAGAAUGAGGCCAUUCCCAUCCCACUCUGCUUUCUUUCUUUGAUGAAGUGCAUGGAGCUUAAUGAAUUUUUGGCUGCUCUGUUACUUUACCUGUCCUGCUAUUUUGAGAAGAAGUCUCUGGAAAGGAAGCCAAAGCCGUUAAUGGCUGAACCCAGCGUGACAGAGAAACAGGUGAUGGCAGAGACUUGUGCAAAGGUCGACUUGGCCCAAAAACAGCUGGCCCUUCGCUACUCAACACUCAUCCUAGGACUGGGGCUGUCCCAGCAGCACCACAUGUCAUGUGGAAGAAGCAAAGUGUCGUGGACACACAGAGAUAGACAGCUGUAUGAGUGUCUGUAUAGCUUUGUGUGCUAUGCGGCGUGGGUGACAUUCGGCAGGAAGGACCUGGAAGGGAUUCAGGAGGAAGUAGGCCGUCUUCUGCGCUCCGAUACAUUCAACCCAACGCUGAACGUCAAGGAGUCCGAGAGGAGCGAGAACCAGGAGGAGAGCAAGGCUAACUCCAAAGAGCCCAGCCCAGUGACAUCUGAGAGGAGGAAGUCAGAGCGACGCCCAGCUCUGAGCAAGAUCGUGACCCAGCGCUCCCCGGUCAUGGUGUCCCUGCUGCCCUUUCCCCGGGAGGAGGCCCCUCACCUGUUCCAGAGGACCCACCCUCGCGAGCGCUCCGCCGCCAAGCUCUGCAACACCGAGGAGCUGAUGGAGCAGCUUAGCGAACAGCUGGCCUCCUUCAGCUUUGGCAUUCUGGGAAAACCCCUCACCCAGUUCAGCCGCACCACACUAAUGCCCCGAUGGUCAGAACAUUACGACGACGAAGACGAUGAUGAUGAUGACGAUGAUGACAACUCGUCGGUCCACAUGCAGGCAAAGAACACUUCCUUCAUGACCAGCCACAUGUCCAUAGCCGAGGAAAAGCCUGGGACCCAGAGCCGAGCCAACACAGUGACCUCACAUGCCACUACUGAGGGACAGUCUUCAGUCACUGAGUAAUAUAUGUGUGUGUGUGUGUGUGUGUGUGUGUGUGUGUGUGUGUGUGUGUGUGUGUGUGUGUGUGUGUGUGUGUGUGUGUGUGUGUGUGUGCGCGUGUGUGCGUGCAUGUCAGAGAGAGAGAUUUAUAUUAUUUGUGCUAAUCCAGAAAUAAAACGUUUGCAGUUACGGCUGAAGUAUUUAUUAAGAAAUUGUAUACUGUUUCCAUUCAUACAGUUCAUUCAUGUAUUAAUGGCAAGUUAUACAUAUCCGCUUAUCUAUAAUCUUGUUCCCCCUGAAUUCCAAAUGUGAAACCAAAUUACUUUGCAUUCAACAUCCAAACUGUUAAUGUGAUUCAAAUAAUUCCUCUC